AUGCAUUCUUCAUUUAACUUACUGAUCAUUGCAUUGUUGGUACACAUAUCUUGGGCUCAAUUCAGCUCUGAGACAUAUCCGGAUCCACGAAUUGACCCAUUUAGCUGCAAAAUCCCGACUGUGGGACCAGUAUGUGACCCAAGUGAAUUACUUACGUUCGGUGAGAAGGAAGCACUUACCAACCGAAUCAAACAGCUUUUGACAUAUGCUGCAACAGUUCCAAACUCAUCACCAUCAUGUCGAUUAUUUCCUGGAAAAAGUUUGAGUAUUAUUAUUGGAGUAGUCGAUAAAAUUAGUACACUACCGAAUACUCCAGUUGAUAUCGAAAAAUUUGCAAAUAAUCUUAAAAUUCGAUAUCAACUUUACCAGGAUGUGAAUUUAUGUGAUUUAAUGGUAUUGAUUGUAAAUUCAAACAGUGAUCGACAAGUAUUUACGGUUGCUGGUAAGGACACAAAAUUAACAAAAGAUGUCCUGAAAACUGCAUUUGAACGGAACAUUAAUCAUUUCAGAGCCAAUCAUUAUGCGAUCGGUCUUCAAGGCAUGGCUGAAUUUAUUACUAAAUCUUAUCGUGAUGCUCAACUAUUUCAACCUGGUACUUCAUUAUCAGCACUUUUGCCAGUUCCUAUAUCUCUUACAAAUGAAGUGACCGCCGCAACUAGUGAUGUCCGGGAAGUGACUGACAGUUUGGGCAUAUCAAUCCCAGUUACAAUCCCUGUCUUUCACUCCAGACGUUCUGAAGUUGGCAGUGAGAAUGAAAUUGGUGAGGAAAAUCUCAUCGUUCCAGUGGAAGAUAAAAGCGAUCAACUAUGGAUCGAUAUUCUAAUACAGGCAGUAGCACGAUGUGGCAAUAAUCACGACAAGAUUGUUAAAUAUGCACAAGCAAUUGUUGAAGAAGCAAUGUCCCUCUCGUUACGUCUUAUCUCCGACCAACGUUACUCAACAAUUGAGGAAAGGAUACAGUCAAUGCAAAGUGAUCCGGAAAGUCGAUCGAGAGUGUGGAAUGAAGCCAAUAUAGAAUUUAUCGAUCAGCUCUAUCAGAAAUACUUAACAACAAUCAGAAGCAAAGCUAACCUAAGAUGUCCUGCUGUAUCAAAAUCUGUCCGCAACUUCUUUGCAUUACAUUAA